ACGCCGCACCUGGGGCGCUCGUUUUGGCCGCCGCACGCCGCACGCCCCACUCCUCCUCUCACCUCACUUGCUCGUCGCCGCACCUGGAUCUGGCUCUCGUCUCCUCCAAGCACGGUGAGGUUCUUCCCCUUUCUACUUUUCACUUUGCUCCCCAGUGGUUCGCCUCCAUCCUCCUUCCCUGCAGCGCUCGCCUCGUUCUUCACCUGGAUCCGGCGUCGGCGUGGGGACGGGCCCCGCCGCGUGGCGCUGGACGCGACAGAUCUUGAGCUGCGCGUGGCGGGCUCCAGUCCGUGGCUGUGGCAUGCUGGACCGGCGGCUAGGCGGGCGCGUCCUGCUCCAAUCCGGCUAGGCGGGCGCGUCAGCCGCGAGCUAAUGAGCAGAUGGAAUUAUAAAGCUCCCAAGAACAGCAAAUCCGGAUUAGGAGUGCACCUAUUUUGAUUCUGCGAACUGAGUAACUGAUUCUAAAGGAUAGGGCAAGAAGGCUCCUUUCUAAGCCUAUCAAGUUUUUCAAUGAAAUGCAAGAGUUGUUUAUUAACAGCAGUGCUGAUGGCUCUCUAGCCAUGGAAGCUACAACUUGUAUGAAUGAAACUCAUCCUGGAGAUGACAGUGACUUCAAUGAUGAUGUGUGCAGUGACUUCUCCAACUAUCCUCAGCCUGUGCAUGAUCUAGGUGAUGAUUCUGACACUUUACAAUCUCCCAAUCAUCAUCCAUCUCAAAGUGUUGAUCAUAGCUCGUCAAGUUCUGGACUGAAGCGCCCACAAGGAGAGGGAGUACCAGCGAAGAGGAACGUGGAACCAAAGAGUCGCACAACAAAGGUAGUAGAUGAACUCAGUGCUACUUUGGUAGAACUUCAAAAUGAUCUUAAGAAGCCACCACCUCCAGUGCCUAUGCCUUUUGUUAACCCUGAUGCAAUAUUGUGGCAAAGGCUUGAGAAUAUGACAAUUACUACUGAUCAAAAGUUAAUGGUAGGAAUGUAUCUAGCACACAAAGAUCAAAAGGGUAUGCGUGGUUUCUUAUCUGCUGCAUCAGACAUAACAUUUGAGUCAUGGGUACUAAAGCAUCUGAGUGAUUUGGACCUAUGAAUCGACUAGGAUGAUCCAUGUAGGAGAUGAAUGGUGUGAUAGUUGGGGUUUUUGCAUUUCUUCUAGGUUGAUGGAUGUCAAUUGAUGGAGAUAUUUGGUGGUUGUGACUAGUGUUACAUUGCUCUUUUUGUUGAUUUUUAACUUUGAGGGUACCAAUGAGCAUAGUGCAUAGCACCAGUACCUUUUACAAUUAUGGAAUCUCUGCAAAGCAAGGAAGGCAUUGGACUGUAAUAAAUUUUGCUCCAAUUUCGCAUUGCAAAUGUUCUAGUAGUGUCAGAUUUUUCUCUAAUGCUUCUAGUGAAAAAUGAGACCUUUUGGAGACAGUUUCUAAA